AUCCUUCUCUGCUUCACCCCCUUCUCUGCUUCACCCCCUUCUCUGCUUCACCCCCUUCUCUGCUUUCCCCCUUCUCUGCUUUCCCCCUUCUCUGCUUUCCCCCUUCUCUGCUUCACCCCCUUCUAUGCUUCUCCCUUUCUCUGCUUCACCCUUUUUCCUUCACCCGAUCUCUGCUACACCCCAACUCUGCUUCACCCCUUCUCCUUCACACCAUCUCUACUUCACCAAUUCUAACUUUCUAUCCUUCCCUGGUUCACCCCUUUCUGUGCUUCACCCCUUCUCUCCUUCACCCCUUCUCUCCUUCACCCCUUCUCUGCUUCACCCCCUUCUCUGCUUUCCCCCUUCUCUGCUUCACCCCCUUCUAUGCUUCUCCCUUUCUCUGCUUCACCCUUUUUCCUUCACCCGAUCUCUGCUACACCCCAACUCUGCUUCACCCCAUCUCCUUCACACCAUCUCUACUUCACCAAUUCUAACUUUCUACCCUUACCUGCCCCUCGCGACCGCUCUGCCAAAGGUUUUGGGCCGCUUCUCCCCUCUCGUCUCCUCCCUUCACGGAUUCGCGGCUGGUUCAGUGCGGCUGCUUCAGUUGAUCCGCGCUCAAAGUGCUGCUGCCGUGAAGACCCUUAAAGCUGCCGCUGCCGUGAAGACCCUUAAAGCUGCUGCUGCCGUGAAGACCCUUAAAGCUGCUGCUGCCGUGAAGACCCUUAAAGCUGCUGCUGCCGUGAAGACCCUUAAAGCUGCUGCUGCCGUGAAGACCCUUAAAGCUGCUGCUGCCGUGAAGACCCUUAAAGGUGCUGCUGCCGUGAAUGGCCUGUGCAUGCACACUCAGUUGCUUUUUGUCUCUCCACGCCACCCACCAUCCCAGUCAACCCCUCGCCACCGCUCUGCCAAAGGGGUUGUCAUCUGCUGCCGUGAAGGGGUUGUCAUCUGCUGCCGUGAAGGGGUUGUCAUCUGCUGCCGUGAAGGGGUUGUCAUCUACUGCCGUGAAGGGGUUGUCAUCUGCUGCCGUGAAGAGGUUGAUCCGCUGCUGCUGCCGUGA